UAGAACAACUUGAUGAAAAUAAACAUAGUUUUUUACGGGCAUGUACAGUUGCUCGUCAAAAAUCCGAUUUAUUUCAUAAAUAUGCACUUCGUAAUGCAGCUAAUUUAAUAAAACCUGAAGCUUAUUUAAAACCACUUGAACAAAAAAUUAAAAAUGUUUCAACAAUAUUAAAAAAUAAAGAAGAUACAGUUUUAAAUGCUUGGCAUCAUAGAAAAAAAAUUAUUGAUGAAUAUUUACAAUAUAUUUCAUUUAAACGUAAUACAGAUAAAGUUUUUGUAUGGAUUGAUGAACAUGAUGAAUGUUUCGUAUCAAAACUUGAAGAAUUAGAUAUUAAUGAUGAUGGUUAUAUGGAUUUUGUUCGUGCACUUAAGGAAAAGAAAACCAUGGUACGAAAAUUAGUUGAACGCGCUGAUGUAUUAGUCGAACGUUCACAUUCAUUUGCACCACUUAUUAAAGAUACAUGUAAUCGACUUGAUUCUGGUUUUAAUAAUUUUUUUCAAAAAAUAAUGAGAAUUAAUAAUAAAGAAGAAAUUGAUAAAGAAGCUGGUCGAAAAAGUGAUUCAAGUUUAGAAGAAAAAUUAGAACAACAAGAAUUAAAUGAAGGAAAACGAAAAGCAGCUAAACAACGAGAAUUAAUUUUUAAUGAAUUACUUAAUACAGAACGUGCUUAUGUUGAUAGUUUAAAUAAAUGUAUUCAACAUUAUCUUGGUGAAAUGCGUCAACAUUCUGAAGAAGUACCAGAAUUUUUACGUAAUAAAGAAUCAAUAUUAUUUUUAAAUAUUGAAGAAAUUCAUAAUUUUCAUAAGAAUUUAUUCAUCAAAGAUUUAGAACGAUAUGAAGAUAGUCCUGAAGAUGUUGGUCAUUGUUUUGUUACAUGGGCAAAACAAUUUCAUAUUUAUUAUGUUGAAUAUUGUAAAAAUAAUGAAACAUGUAUUAAAUUAUUAACACAAUAUCGUGGUCCAUAUUUUGAGACAAUUCAACAUAAAUAUCAAAUUGAUACAAUAAAUUCCUAUUUAAUUAAACCUGUUCAACGUAUAACUAAAUAUGAAUUAUUACUUCAACGUUUAAUGUCUUGUUGUGAAGAAUCCAAAGGUGAAGUUAAAGAAGGUUAUGAUCUUAUGUGUAGUGUACCAAAAAAAGCAAAUGAUGCAAUGCAUCUUAGUUAUCUUGAAGAACUUGAAUCUGGUUUAACAAAAGAAGCAUUAGGUGAUGUACUACUUCAAAAUACAUUUCAAAUAUGGGAUUCCAAACAACUUAUAAAAAAAGGAAAAGAACGACAUGUUUUUCUAUUUGAAACAAGUAUUGUUAUUGCUAAAAUUCUUAAACCAGUUACACGUGGAACUGUUCGAUAUAUUUAUAAAUAUAAAUUAAUGACUGCUGAAAUCUUUGAUGUUAAAGAACAUUUAGAAGCAGGUGAACCAUGUAAAUUUGCAUUAUAUACAGGUCGUCCAAUGUCAUCACAUACAGCUGAUCUUCGAGUAACACUUAAAGCAAAUGAUCUUAGUACAAAACAACAAUGGGUUAUACGUAUACGAGAACUCAUUCAAGAGAAUGAUCUUUAUCAUGAUUUAUCAAUGCAUGAAACAAAUACAAAACAAACAACAAUACAAAAUAAAAUUUCACAAUUUAUUAAUAAUAAUCAGUCAGAUAGACGAUCACAAGAAAUAGCUGAUAAUGUAUCCGAUGAAUUCGAACAUAUAAGUCGUGGUGGUUCAUUAUCAAGUAUGACAACUGGUUCAUUUUCAAGUAGUGGUCAAUAUCAUCAAAUUCAACAGAAACGACAUCAAUGGAAAUAUAGUCCAAUAUUAAUUGAAGAAAAUACAACAAUCGAUUCAAAAUCUAUAACAACAACGACAAGAACUGAAGAAGAAAAACAUACGGAAAAUACUAUACGUAAAUGGUAUAAUAGUAACGAUGAUGAUGAUGAUAAUGAUGAUGAUGAUGAUGAUGACGAUGAUGAUGGAAAUAAUCAAAAUAAAACUCAACACACAAUAUCAAAAAAAAUUGAACGAGUUCUACGUAAGAUAAAUGCUUGGACAAAUGAGACAACAGCAGCGUCAACAAAUAAUAAUGACAAUAGUACAAAACGAGAACCAUUACAAGAUACAUCUUUCAACAAAACAAAUCUAUCAACUUAUGAUUCUAUGCAUCAAAAACAAGAAUAUAAACCUCGUUCGAAAAAAUCAACAUCAAAUACAUUAUUUAAUUCUUUUCGAAAACGAUGUUCUUCAUCAACAGUUGUUGAUCCAAAACUAAUUAAAAAUCAGAAUAUAUCAAUUCAUAGACCUUAUUCAAUGACAUUUACCGAUGAACCAUUAUCAUCUAUAACAAAUACAUCAACUAUUCUAAAUAAUGAUGAUAAUAAGAAUUAUUUUUAUCAAGAUUUAGAUAGAAAGAAAAAAAUGCCCGAUACCAAAGUUCAGUUUUCCUCAUUUCGUCAUAAAAAAUCAGUUGGUAAACAUCCGGUUUUGAUUAAUGUACUUGAUAAUAACAAAACUCAACGUCAAUCUUUAUUUUCUCCAUAUAACAACUUAGCACCUUUAUCAUCAAUGUAUGGUUCAGAUUUUUUUUAUCCAUCUACAAAUGAAGAACAACAACAACAUGAAUACGAUAAUUUAACUUUUAUACAAAAUUCAUCUCAUCAUAAUUAUGAUCCAUUUCCAAUUCUAGUUGAUUGUCAACAUUGUAGUCGAAGUAUUGAUCGAUCAUCAUUUCGUGAUAUAUCAUGUCAAGUUCCAUCCGAUGAUGAUGAUGAUGUUGAUGAUGAAAAAAAUAUCUAUCAAGAUGUUCAAUUUGAAUAUCAAAAACCAAAACGAUCAUCACCAUUGUAUAUAUCACCAGCAUCAACACCACCAUUAUGUCAACCACCAUUAGCAAUUAAUUUAUUAGCACCAUAUCAUUUUCGACGAAAACGUUCAUUAUCAUCAUAUAUUGGUUUACAUAAUCGUUCAAAAUCAGCUCCAUCAGCAUCAUCAAAUUCAAAUCGUAUAAAACAUUUUUCUGAGAAAAAAAAUCAUAAAAAUUUACAACCAUCACUUUCCCCUCUACAGACGAAUACAAAUGUAUCGUCUUUACUACCUGAAUCCGUUCCUGUUUCAUCAACACCAUCAACUACAGCCCUUCUUCGUUCUAUAAAAACAUCAAUAUAUGCUAUGAAAAAACGUCUCAAAGAUAUUCAUCGUUUGUCCGAGGUGGGUAUGUGCUGUUAA